UGUUGGGAGAGAGGCUCACAAUGGAAUAUGUCGGGCUUCCAAUUGCCGGUAAUUAUUUUCCUAGCGUUCACGUCCAUUUUCGGUGUCGUUCAAAGGGACUGUGAAGCAAUUCGCCGCUUUUUUAACUUUUGCAACAAAAAGCCCAUAAUGGAUUUCGAAUAUGUUUCUGACUCUUCUCAGUAGCUUUCUCUCGUGAGGCUGAUUGCUUGAUUUCCAGACCUUGUCACCUUGGUGGUGGAUUUGUAACGAUAUAUUUAGCCUCUCUCGUUUGGGAUAUUGCCAUUGGAGCAAGAGAAGACGCAAACAGAAAUUCAAAUUGGAUUGCCAGGUUUCCAGGAAGAUGUGGCUGUGAGCUUGCUCACAGUGCUGAUCCUGUGGGUCUUCACCUGAUCGUGACCAUGGGGAUAUGGCCGGGGGGUGUCCGGGCCUGCAUUGCAGGCCAGGAGAACUGCUCUGCCAACAAUGAGUCCAAAGACUACUGUUACUCAGCCCGUAUCCGCAGCACCGUGCUUCAGGGCCUACCCUUUGGAGGGGUCCCCACAGUCCUUGCGCUGGACUUCAUGUGCUUCCUGGUGCUUCUCUUUGUCUUCUCAGUACUGCGGAAAGUGGCCUGGGAUUAUGGACGCCUGGCAUUGGUGACAGAUGCUGACAGAUCGAAGAAGCGUUUCAACGGAUUGGAGGAGCGGGAAUAUGUUGCCUCAGCUCUGCAUUCUGAAACGCCAGACCGCUAUGAACGUCUCACUUCAGUCUCCAGCUCUGUCGACUUCGAUCAACGGGAUAACGGCUUCUGUUCCUGGUUAACUGCCAUCUUCAGAAUAAAGGACGAGGAGAUCCGGGAGAAGUGUGGUGAGGACGCCGUGCACUACCUUUCCUUCCAGCGCCACAUCAUCGGCCAGCUGGUGGUUGUUGGGGUUCUGUCUGUGGGCAUCGUCCUGCCGGUCAACUUUUCUGGAGACCUUUUGGAAAAUAAUGCAUACAGCUUUGGGCGGACCACUAUAGCAAACCUAAAGUCUGGGACUAACCUCUUGUGGCUCCACACUUCGUUUGCAUUCAUAUACCUGCUUCUGACUGUGUACAGCAUGAGACGACACACGUCCAAGAUGCAUUACAAGGAGGACGACCUGGUGAAACGUACUUUAUUUAUCAAUGGGAUCUCCAAAUAUGCCGAAGAGGUCCACAUAAAACAACACUUUCAACAAGCCUAUGAGAACUGCACUGUUCUUGAUGCUCGAAUCUGCUACAACGUAGCCAAACUCAUGUCCCUGAAUGCUGAGAGGAAGAAGACGGAGCGCAGUUUAAAGUUCUUCACUGAUCUCAUGGCCAAAGAGCACAUGCCUACCAUGGUCAACCCCAAACCCUGUGGCCACCUCUGCUGCUGUGUCAUCAAAGGCUGUGAGCAGGAAGAGGCGGUGAGCUUCUAUACUAAGCGGGAGGCCAAAUUGAAGGAGGAGUACAGAAAGGAGAAAGAGAAGGUCAACACUAAACCUCUUGGCAUGGCGUUCGUCACUUUCCAGAAUGAGGCAAUGACUGCAAUAAUCCUAAAGGACUUCAAUGCCUGCCAAUGCCAUGGCUGCACAUGUCGCCAAGAGCCCAAGUCAUCCCAGUUCAGUGAAAGUCUCCACAUCUACAACUGGAGUGUGAGCUAUGCUCCUGACCCUCAAAACGUGCGCUGGGAGCACUUAUGGUUGGGGGGGGUUUCCUGGUGGAUUCGCUGCUUCAUCAUCAACUGCAUCCUUUUCCUCCUGCUCUUCUUUCUCACCACCCCCGCCAUCAUUAUCUCCACGAUGGACAAGUUUAACGUCACCAAGCCUGUGGAGUAUCUCAAUAACCCCAUCAUCACCCAGUUCUUCCCUACUUUGCUCCUGUGGGCUUUCUCUGCCCUGCUGCCCACCAUUGUCUACUACUCUGCUUUCUUCGAGAAACACUGGACGAGGUCGGGGGAGAACCGGACCACCAUGCACAAGUGCUACACCUUCCUCAUCUUCAUGGUCCUCUUGCUGCCUUCACUGGGUCUUAGCAGUUUGGAUGUCUUCUUCCGCUGGCUGUUUGAUAAGAAAUUCCUUGCUGAUGCCACUGUCAGAUUUGAGUGUGUCUUCCUCCCUGACAACGGAGCCUUCUUUGUCAACUAUGUCAUCGCCUCAGCGUUUAUCGGUAACGCCAUGGACCUGCUGCGGAUUCCAGGCUUGCUCAUGUAUAUGAUCCGACUGUCCCUGGCCCGUUCCUCUGCAGAGAGGCGCAACGUAAAGAGGCAUCAAGCGUUUGAAUUCCAGUUUGGAGCAGCCUACGCCUGGAUGAUGUCCGUCUUCACUGUAGUUAUGACAUACAGCAUCACCUGUCCAAUCAUCGUCCCCUUUGGUCUGAUGUACAUGCUGCUGAAGCACCUGGUGGAUAGAUACAACAUGUAUUACGCUUACCUUCCCUCGAAACUGGACAAGAAAAUCCACUCAGGUGCUGUCAAUCAGGUGGUGGCAGCUCCCAUCCUCUGUCUUUUUUGGCUGCUAUUCUUUUCUACCAUGCGCACAGGCUUUGUAACCCCCACGUCCAUGUUCACUUUGGUGGUCCUAAUCAUCACCAUUGUGGUAUGCCUGUCGCACGUCUGCUUCGGCCACUUCAAGUACCUCAGCGCUCACAACUACAAGGUACGGGUCACUGUGCUCAAGAUUGACACCAAGGAAACAGAUGUUGACGUGGUUGAAAAUGGCCGCCCUCCACUCCGCACCUUCUCCUCUCCUUCUAAUAAGUCUCAGCAACCAACGUACAUUGCCCAGGUUUUACAGGACCCAAUCAUGGAUGAUGCUUGCACAGGCAGUGGGGAGGAAGAUCGGGGGUCCUCACAGGAUGAGGAGAUGAUCAACACUGGGAAUAGUCUCAAUGAAGCUGACUUCCAGUCCGGUGAAGACAGCCUCAUAGCCAACGAGGUCCACCAGUAACACUACCAGCUGAGAAGGGGAAAGAGCGAAAGAUGGUGAGAGAGGGAUUUUGGAGAGGAUGAAUGCCAGACACGAACAUCAAACCACCGACUUCACUUUGGAUUCUAAAACAAUUUGCAGUCAUCCCUCCCCCAUGCUCCCCCACCUUUUUUCAGUUGUGCCUCUGCACAUUGGCAUUACCAGAAAAUGCCAGGUACAUCCCCCCCCACACACACACACACAGUGUAAUUGUGAAUGGUUUUGUUAAGUAUAAUUUGGAGCUUGUCUCUGCGGAUUCUUCAAAGUCCCCUCUGUGUAUUUUGAACACCUAUCAGCGCGAUAUGAAUCUGGGUGUUGACGCCCCUUGUUUUAUUUAUUUAUCUACUGGAGUCCUACACUUUUAUGGAGAUUCUAUGGAGCACAAGUCCAACACUGGUUUUCAUCCAAUCCAAAAAGAUGGAGUCCCAGGAAAGAAACCAUACAAUAGCCUAGACUUUGUACAUAUCCCAAAAUAUGCCAACUGUUUUUGUCUCUUAUUUGAAAGAGGGGGUCAAAAUUGUGCCUGGUUUGGGUUUCUUUUCAUCCAUGUUUCCUUACUAAAUCCCCAUCAGUGUGGCUCAGGACUGGUGGAGAGGUCAUGAAAAUUAGGCUACAAAGCCUCUAAUGAAAUCCUGCUCCAAGCACAGGUCCCAUUUAACUUUUAUGGGUCUACAGACUCAUACUCAAACUAAACUUGGUUCAUUCUUGUCAAUGUGCAAAGCACCCUGCAUUAGGUCUUCUUUCUCAUAGCUUAUGAACAAAAUGACUUGCUUGCCCCUUUUUUCUUUGAUAUCUUAUGUUCGUCAUAAGAUAUUCACUCUGCCACUGAACAUCCUAGUCAGUGGUUGGAGACACCAUCUUAACAUGACGUAUAAAAACAUGAUGCAGUCACUGUCAAGUUUGUGUAUUAUUAUUAUUUUUUACUUCAUGCGUCUCACGUCACUGAAUGGGCACUGUUGGAGGAUAUCAGGGCCAUCACAUCGGCCCUCUGUUGUGUCAUCGAUAUUCCAAAGACGGCAGUGGGCAUGGCAUGCCAAACAGACCAGGGUCCGCUCAGAUGGAUUGUGGGGUUUCUGGUGUGACAUGUGUUGUUAUGGCAUUCGUCUACUGUCCUCCUGCCUGUGAUGCCCUGUCAGUCACCUGGUCUUGCUGCUCCCCUCCAUCCUGUCCAUCUCAGUUUCCAAAGGUUCAGUCAUGGAUGGCUUGGUGACUCUUGCAGCCACUAACGUUGUACAGUUUUUAUUUGGUCUUUUAUUUUUUAUUUUACCUCUACCACCUUAAACAUAUGAACAUAUACACCUGAAAUAGGAAGCACAUUUUCUUGUCGGUGCGUAGUUCAAAUAGGCAACUUCGACUCUAACUGGGUUCUGUUCACCUUGGAGAACUUCAACAUUUACACAGUAGUACAAUAGUUUAGCCUAUGUUGUAGAUCCAGGGAAAAGCUGGGAGACAUGAAGAAACUGGUCUUGCCUCAAGUACUCUCUACCCUUAAAAUCCUCCAGUCAGAAGUACGAUAUAUGCAUCUCUGGAAAAGCCAAGUCCCAAUGCAUUAGCUGUUUUUCUACGCUUUCUCUGAAGGAAUAGAAAUGAAGUGUAGAUUAAAAAUGUAGUAUUUUGCUCUUCAGGAGUCAUACCUAUGGAAGGUAAUUGUUCAGAUAUACAGCACCAAUGAAUAGCGAUGCUUCCAUUUAUUUUUGUCACAUCAGUUUGGGUGCAGUGUGUGUCUCUGAUUUGAAGUGCAAUCAGCCAGGUGUCUGUCUGUCUGCAAAUUGGCUCUCGGAUUCUUUUCUCAGCCCACAUAGCAUCUUCCCCAUUUGGUGUUCACAGUUAUACCCUGGGAAAUUGUGAUGACAUUUCAAAGGCAGUGUGCUAUUUCUUUUCUUAAUGCACUUCAAGCACAAAUCACAUGAAAACGCAAUCAAAUACUUCCAUAAAAGGCACUGGGUAGAAAUAAAUUAAUGCUAUGUAUAACUAUGUAUAUAAUUUCAUAUAUAUCUUAAAUUACCACAAUUUCAUGAAUUUGAAAUAAUCCAGUCCAAAACAGAAAAAAAGUGGAUAACAGGUACAUUAGGCAGAAUUAAAUGUAACUUUCCUGAAGUAUUAAAUCACUGGGUAAGUAUAUCAAUAUACAGUAGUGAUGGCUCUAUCUCCCUAAUACUUUUAAGUGGAGCAUUCUAAGUAUUUCUUUAUAAACCUAGCCAGUCCUUUCAGAUCUGUGAACACCAUAGGGAUUUGGCCAAAUGGACCAAAAAUGGACCAGGCCCAAGAGUGUGGCUCCACUGACUAGUCCAACAAAUGAGGUGCACUGAUAGUGAAGAUCUGCUAGAGGUCACUGUAUACCUGUGUUUUUGUAUUACUAUUAUUAUCAUGUUUUGGAACGGGACGAAUCGUCUCUGUGCAAAAUGAUUUGUUGUAACAAAAAAAGGACGUUUUACCAAUUUGCAUCAGGAACAUGCAAUAGCAAGCCUGACAUGCAGCAAAGAAAUAGAACUAGAGCAGUGACUUAAGGAAAUGUUCAAGUCUCAGGUGUACUUGUUUAAAAAAAAAAAUUAAAAAAAAUGUUUACAUCUGUUUUUUUUACAUUGUGAUAGUUGUUUUCAACUUUAAGCAUUUCGAUCUGUUGAUGAAGCUAAUCUAUGAAAGCUGUGGCUAUUGGUAACAUUCUAUCAGGUAGGAAAAUAAAAACAUGUACUGUGGUUGUCUUGUUGUUAGCAGCACAGUUUCCUCUGUAGACACUGAAAUUACCAUUGUAUUGUGGUUUGUCCCUGUUUAAAAACCAUAGCUACAUGCUGGAGAUAUUGUAGCUUUUCUGUGUCUACUCUGUUCUGUAACAUCUGUUUCCCUUUUUAAGUUAGUGUGCACUAACACUGUUCAUGAUUGUAUGCACGCUAACACAAGACUAACAACUAUCCAGUGGAAGUACAUUUUCCUGACAAUAUAAUAAAUAUUUUAAGAGGCUUGCUUGCUAAUGGACAGUCUAUUUCUCAAUGGAAAUGAAGUUACUUUACAAUAACACUAUUCUACAGUGAUGAAAAAGGCUGAGAUAUUUUUGUAAAUCGCAAAAGGAACUGUUUUCAGUGACACAGCCUAUUCCAGAUGUGAUACCGAUUAUGUAUUAUGUUGAAAGCUGUGACGAUGCUGUUACAUGUAUUGUGGUUUUUUAUUUAUCAUGAAUUGACUUUUUAUUUUAUAACUGUUGCUAAGGAUUUAAGUUAUGAAAAUAAACAUGCCUUGAUAGAAGGA